AUGUCUUCGAAUACGCGAUCCAAAAAGACAGAACGAACCACCCGUACGUCCGAACGGAAUCGAAAAUCUCUAGGUGCCAGUGGUUCUGAGAAGGCACCGUCUAGAAGUUCCGGCCGAAGGAAAGAACAUACACCCGAUAAGGUUUCCUCGUCGGACUCGAGAGAUGAGUCUGGAAUCGGCCUAGUCGAGUCUCUGCUAGGGGAUGAGGUUGCGGAUACACCCGUCGACGCUGAAGCACUUGGUCAGAAGCUCUUCGAGCAGCUGUCCAAGGCCAUGAAAAAACCUCACACCCCUGCCCCGGAACCUGAAGAUGCCUCACCGAGCGAAUCGACCCCCAAACUGAAGAUCGAGGACGACUCAGAGCAGUCCGAGGCCGGUCUACCCACACCGAAGCCCGUGGACGAUAAGAUUCGAGCCGAGGAUUUGGAAGCUGCGAGGGAUUUGGUUCACUUUUUUGAGGCUCCACGAUACCUUUCCGAGAAACCCGACGGAGAUGGAGCGGUAGAAACGAAUGGCGAGGCUGCCAUCGUUACUACGUCUAUUGAUGUCACAACACAGGACGCGAGUGAGCUGGACGCCUUGUCACCCAUGAAAGUCACCGCUACUGUCACAGCAGCUAAUACGACGACCCCGGGACCACUCAACGAUUCAAUGUUAUCUGAUUCAUCGCCUGGUCCUGAAAUGCAGUUUACAAUAUCAACCAUUGCAUCUCUGGAACCGGGGCAGCCAAUCGUGAAACGAGCAAGCGUAUCAAAAGUUACCAGACCGAGCCCGAAACCAGCGACACCUAUUCUCAUUACCGACGAUGUAAGAGGAAAUAGGGUCUCGUCUGUCGAAGCACCGAAACCUGUAGGAACAUCGACCUCGAUUGAUGAUGUCAAGUUGGAGAGGCAAGAGGCACCGAGAGAUACAACGGCUUCCGAUGUGACUGACCCAAUGGCACUGGAUGAAAUGGAUGUUUCGAAAUCAAGUGCUAUAGAGGACCUGUUAGCGCCAGUUACAUCGUCCAUGGGUAUUGAUUCUAUGACAGAUACAGCGUUCGCCACACACGAAGAACCGAGUGGAUUCCUCGAUAUGAGCAGCAAGGCAGGCGACAUAUUCAAUUCGGAUCUACCACUACUGUCUGGUGGCAUCAACCCGCUGGAUAUCUCCCUCAACAUGGAUGUGGAAGAUGUGACAAUGGCCGAUACCUCGGAUUCAAAGAGAGAAUCAAACCUGGCUGAAGAUGAAGAGACUCCGAUUGAUUCUUGUGCAUUUUGUAGGAGAGCCGUUCCUUUAGUCCGGACUGGCCCAAGGUCGCAUAUUGUGCCGACACUUUGGAUCCAAUGUGACGGAUGUAAGAAAUGGUACCACAAUGUUUGCGUCAAUGUUUCCGAGAAGGAGGUCAAUGAUUUGGACAAAUAUCACUGCUCGGAUUGUGUUCCACGACUGGGUGCUUCAACUUACCGUCGAAAAUCGUCACGCGCACAUACAGCUAUCGACUAUGUCUCUCUAAAUGAGGGAUCACGUGCACCUUUUAAAGCUCCCGGAGAUUCUACCCAACAUCCUUUCGUUGAACCUAUCAACCAUAUGCAAUUCGCACCCGACGACUUCCCUCGUAUGAUCCCGGAACUGCUCGAUGUUGAUUUUUUCGAACAAGGCCAAGGCUUCACGCAACCAAUUGUUAUCCCGGCUUCUAAUAACCCGAGACCGCAUUGUUUGCGAGAGAUACACCUGUUGACGAAUGGCUUGAGAGAGGAUGGUUCAAUUGAUGUGGAGAAGGUUUCCAAGGUUGAAAAGUUCCCAGCGCUGUUUAAGAAGGAUAAGAAAGACGCCACACCGAAGUCUCGUAGUGCGAUUCGGGUUGCGACCUCUGAUCAGGUUACGGUAGCCCGCCGACCAACUGACGAUGCCGACGCUUUGGGGAUGGUGAUGCCUGCGGAUCUCACAGUUCGACGAGUUGCGGAUAUCAUUGGUACCGAAGAAAAGGUUGAGGUUUUGGAUGUUUUAUCUCAAUCAUUAGACAAGAGGACAUGGAGUUUUGCAGAUUGGGUUGAAUAUUUCGAAUCCCCUCUCAAAGACCGGGUUAAAAAUGUCAUCAGCCAGGAGUUUUCACAUACCAAGCUUGCGGAGGCGGUUGUUCGACCCGCAAUCGUAGAAGCGCUCGAUCUAGCGGACCAAGUAUGGCCUGAAGAUAUGCGAAGUACAUUCCCCAAAGUACAGCUCUAUUGCCUAAUGGGAGUCUCCGGAUCAUACACGGAUUUCCAUAUCGAUUUUGGCGGGUCUUCGGUAUUUUAUCACGUUAUUUCGGGGAAGAAAACAUUCUUUUUUGUUCCACCGACAAAAUACAACUUGACGAAGUACGAAACUUGGAGUCAGUUGCCUGACCAGAAUUCGACUUGGUACCCAGGCUUAUUAACUAAUGGUAAUGGAAACGGAGAGGACAUUGUACGACGUGUUGAUCUCCAAGCUGGUGAUACAAUGCUUAUUCCCUCCGGGUGGAUACAUGCCGUUCUAACGCCAGAGGAUGCACUUGUUAUUGGGGGGAACUUUCUAACAAGACUAUCACUCGACCAACAAAUUAGAAUCGCCGAAAUUGAGAAGAAUACCGAAGUUCCGGCGAAGUUCCGAUACCCACAAUUCCAAAAGGUUAUGUGGUUUACAGCGUUAGAUUACUUGCAGAAAGACCCACUUCCAGAGGAACUGUUUGAUGAUGACGACUGGGAUCUUUUGAUUGCUACCGAAGAUGUACAGAUCCAACGGACAUACGUGGGAUAUUCACAGUAUGAGUUGGACGGGCUUCCGGUGCUUGGCGAUUAUUUGCUCCGAACAGCGCUUAUUGUGAUGAAUUAUAUUACUGAAGGAAUCACCCAGGAUAAGAGGAAACGUGUACAGAACAGUAUUCCUAAACACGUCCAGGAUCCAUUGAGUACCGUCCAGCUAUUUGGGCGCUGGAUGGCAUGGAAGCGAGGCGAUGUUGUCGUCCCGUACUGGGCGAGGAGGAAUUGGAAUCCGGGUGAAGGGUUCAGUGGUCUCGGCGGUUCGGGCGGGAGGUCUGGGCCGAAGAAGAAGAAAGCUGAAUCUGCAGACAUCGGUAAGGGUGGCUCGCCGAGGGAAGGUCUGAGGAAGUCAAAGCCUUCUGCAAAGCUAAGGGAUAGUUUACCAGGUUCUCCGUCUAUUGUGGUAACGCCUAGUAGGCAGGUAUCAUUUUCAUCGGAUCCAAAGGCUGCGGCGGACAAAAUCAAGAGUUUUGCGAAGAAGAUUGGAAAGCGACAGAUGUCGCCGACCUCUGCUGCAGCUGGUGGUACCCCUACUGCGCCUAAAGCGCGGAAGAUAUCUGCCGGAUCUUCUUCACAAUCCACUCCGGGGUCCUCUCAGAAGCGACAAGGGUCGGAUACGCCGGGCCCGGCUCGCCCAAGAUCGGGUUCCGGUGCUAGGCGACAAUCCAUUUCGCAGAAUGGAUCCAGCAAACCGGCGCUCGUAUAUACACCUGAUGGCAAGCCGUUGUCCCAGGCCGUUAUCAAUAAGGGCUUAGCGGACAAUCAUCGGCUCGCGGAAACUAUUAGGAAUAAAUACGCAUACAGCUCAAGUCCGAAGAAUAGUAUCCUUGGACCUAAAAGGACGGCUUGCGAUGAGUGUCGUCGCCAGAAGAUCGCAUGCAAGCAUAAGGAUGAGGUUGCUUUGGCCGAGGCUGAAAUUAUGAAAGAGCUUGUGAAGGGACCGAAAUCAGGUGGCGCUUUCGAGACGCCCACAAAACCGGCUCAAGGAUCGCCUAAGACGCAGCCUGUAGUGCCAGGGUCGAAUAAGGAUUCGGCUCGUGGAGUCAACUAUCAGAUCUCUAAGAACGGUCGCCCAGUUGCUUGCGAGGCUUGUAAGAGAUCUCGGCGGCGCUGUAUACAUAAUGGCCAGGAAGGAUUCCCGCCGGCUAAGAGACGAUCGCAAAAGGACAAAGGUACACCCGAGACAGACGGGGCCAACGACGCAAAACCGCGAAGGAAGAAGAUCCCGACUAGCGCUGGAAUGGACGGUGCUGCAGACUACGAUUCGAUGCAUGAGUUCAGUGAUGAAUUAUCGACACUAAGCUCUUUGGAUUCGGAAACCCUACAGGAUGAGGACCCGGCUCAGUUGGACCAAAUUCUAUUAGGUGCAGGGCCUAAGGGCGCCGGAAAGGGAUUCUUGGGAAGCUCCCCGGUAGAUGGGAAAAAGUAUCUCAACAUGAACUUCGGGGGCUCAACAUCUGGCUUUAAUAGCUAUUCACAAGAGGGCGGACUUCGAACUGGGGUUUCCACCGUAGGAAAUGGAAGCAGUGGGGACAGUGAUGGAAAUGGAAUCUCGCAAGAUGACUCAAGGGCCGGGACUAAGAGACGGCUUCCUGAAGAAUUCGCAGGAUUCAGAGGUUCAGCGGACGAUGGUGAUGAUGCGGAUGCAAGUGUGUUUGCGGCCACGGCGGCUGUUGCUGCCGCCGGAACAGCGGCAAAUACGGGGAGUCCAACAAAAAGGGCUAGGGUUGAUGCUAGUACUCCGUUAUUUUCACCGCCGGAGGAAGGCGUAUAUGAGGAAUACUUUACCGGGGCAGGGGACGACGAUAAGAAGAAGGACGGAGUGGAUAAGGAGUGGGAAAGUAAUGAUUUGCCGACGAUGUUUAUUCCGCCGGCGGGGAUCCCACCAGGAGCUUAA